AGGCGUGGGACACUUCUUUUUCCAAAAUGCGCGAGUUGCUAAGCGAACCGCGGGCCUGUGUGAACGGCCCUGGGAGGCCUCUCCUGCUAAACUGCCCGGCGGGGAGGUUCGCGGUCCGGGGCGCCCGCCCUUCCGGCCCGGACGCCGUCGGGGUUCCGUCCCCGUCGGGGAAGGGCACCCUGCUGACCACGGUCCCAGCGUCGCCCCGGUGGCUCGAGGCGCGCUGGCCCGGGCGGGGUGCCCCGGCCCCUCAAGGCGGCGGUGAGCAGGGCUCGGCGCCCCUCGGCCCCGGGCAGCGCCCGCGCCUCCUCACUCCCGACAGAGCGCUCCGCGCCGCCGCGCCCGCGCCGGGACGGAGGAAGCGACGGCGCCCGGGAGGGGCCCGCGGCGCAUGCGCGGUCGGGCGCCGCUCGGGCGCCCCGCGGCCGCUAGGUGGCGCAUGCGCGCUGGAGGGUGCGGGCCGGUCUCCGGGAGGAAGGCGGCGGCGGCGGCGCGGCGCGGCGCGGGGCGGGGGCGCGGGGGCCGGGCCCGUGUUUACACGGCGGCGGCGGGCGGCGCGGAACCGGGCGAGGCGGCGGCGGCGCGAUGGUCAUGGCGCAUUUCGUGGAGAGUUUCUGGGGGGAAAAAAAUAGUGGCUUUGAUGUCCUUUACCAUAAUAUGAAACAUGGACAGAUAUCAACAAAAGAACUGGCAGAUUUUGUAAGAGAAAGGUAUGUGUUUUCUUUUUUUAUAAAUUGAUUUAACAAUAAAAUGAUUGUUUAUUAGUUGGAUUUGGAUUGAAGUAGUCAAGUAUACUUUUUGAAAGUAUACUAGAGGGGCUGGGCCUGUGGUGUAGUGGUUAAGUCUGGUGCACUCUGCUUUAGUGGCCUGGGUUCGUGGGUUGGGA